UUUCUCACACUCUGCUUGUGGAUCCAGUUUUGUUUUUCUGCCUUGCCCGUGUUUGCAACUCCUCGUUCGCUUUUUAUGGGGGGGAUGCUCAGAAGCAAGCAAGCAAGCAAGUUGUUGUGUGCAGGUUCGGGUGCCCCCCCAGGUGUGAGGAUUUUGGGUGCGCUGUGGAUCGUCGUCUUUUGUCUAAUCGGACUGUUGUUGAUUCGUGGGAGUGUCGUGGGAGAGGCUAGCAGUCGAAAGAGACGGAGAGAAUUGGGUUUUGAACGGAUUCGAGGUCUGCGGGAUUGAAUGAGCUCGGGGUUUCGCUUAAGAUCAUUUUCAGCCGUAGCAAGUACAUGAACAACGAGUUCGGGAAUGUGAGCCUCGUUUUCUGACUGGAACGAAGAAUUCCUUCAGGUCCUUUCACUUGCAGGAUCAUUCAAGAUGACAUCGUGGAAAGCUCGAGUGCCAGCAGCAUUGGUUGUACCAAACAGCCUCGGGGACUCCUUACCCCUUCACAUGACCCCACCACCGGACAGUCUGGUUUCUCCUGUGGACUCUAGCUUUCUAGAAGGGGCAUCAUCUCUGGCCAGGUUUGGUCUCGACAUUGGGGGCACUCUAUGCAAAGUGGUGUUUUUUGAGCCAAUUAUUACUGCCGAAAUUCAAGCACCAGCUCCUUCAGAGACGCCCAAGAGUAGGUUUUCUCGAGAAAGUUUUGAGGAUGACAAUGUGGUGGCACCGUCUGUCGAGCCUGACGACGCGUCUAAUUCUAACGGUUCGCAUGAAAAUGAAAUAUGGUCUGACGGGAAGAAGGAUUUUUCCAUGUUUAAAAGUAGCAAGCCAACGCCCAAGGGCGUCAACAAGGGUGGAGAAAGAAGCAAGAGGGAGCACAGCAGACAGCUAGAUCGCAAGAUGUGGAACUCCAGCCACGAUCCUGUUCACAUUCCAGGACGAGGCACACUGUAUUUCAAGUGUUUCGAAACCUGGAAAAUGGAGGAAUUUCUGGCGCUCACUAAGGAACAUUCCUUGGUUAAAAAAGGGCGUGCUCUUGGUGCCACUGGAGGUGGGGCAAGAAAAUUUAAAGAUCAUUUUGAACAGAUAGCUGGGCUCCAGCUGGAGCGUGCCGAUGAACUUUACUCUCUGGUGCGAGGUAUUGAUUUUUUGGCAAGGCAUGCGCAUCAAGAGAGUUUUGAAUAUCCCGCGGGUUCAUUCCGAGGAGGCGCUAUACAAAGACCGCUGAAGGAGAUCAGUGAUGAUGAAUAUGAGCUACAAGCAGAGAGAAGAGCCUCCAGUUCAACAAGUUCUCAGGACCGUUCAAAAUCAAACGAAGAUAUGAAUGGAACGGAAGCACUAAGGCGCGUCGUGAAAGGCCCAGUCCUUGCAACUUCGGAUAUUGAACGAUUGGGUGGACCUCAAGAUUUGUAUCCAUAUCUCGUGGUGAAUAUUGGUUCAGGCGUAAGCAUAUUACGAGUCGACGCUGCUGAAAGAUUCGAACGUGUUGGAGGAACCAGUCUUGGGGGAAGCACAUUUCUUGGAUUGACCUCGGCCCUUACUAAUUGCACAACUUUUGAGGAGGCAAUCAAUUUAGCAAGGGAGGGAGACUCCACUCAGAUUGAUAUGCUGGUUGGAGACAUUUAUGGUGGUGAUUAUACCGAAAUGGGGCUAGCUGCAACAACGGUUGCGAGCUCCUUUGGCAAGUUGGUGCAGCCUGGAAGGCGGGAAGCAGCAAUGCAAACACCGCAGCACCUAUCUAAAGCUGUUUUACUUAUGGUCACCAAUAAUAUUGGCUCCAUUGCCAUGCUACAUGCCCGAGCUGCUGGGGUUCACCAGAUCAUGUUUACUGGCAGUUUUUUGCAUGAGAAUGAGCUUGCAAUGCGGCUGCUGGCAGUGGCCAUGGAAUUUUGGUCGAAGGGCAACAUCAAGGCCGUGUUUUUGCGUCAUGAGGGGCAUGCUGGAGCAAUGGGGGCACUACUUAGUACUCUGGACCCUUUGAACCCCAUCGACAAGCUGCUUCUGGACGCAAGUUAAGACAAGAAAAUCAGCGAACCCUUAUAUUAUUUUCCCCCUCGCACCCUACACCCCGCAUUAAUCCAGAUGCGUUUAUAUUUUUUAUGGAUAGGGCGUCGAUCAGAAUCUCUAUUAUGUUACCAUGCUUCCCAACCUAGUAUCCAAGCUUAAAUGUGGCAAUCUCGGGGACAAUAACCUGCUUCUUGACAUCAUUCUUUUCUCACAGAUAGAUGACAUCAACAUUUCUAGACUUAACCGAGACUAUCAUCUGGAGUGUUAAGCUUGCACUUCGUGUGGUUGAGCUGCCACUUUGAAGUUUUUCAAGCAAGGGCUUGAUAUGCAGCGUCACCACCGUCGUCAUGCUCCAGUUCAUCUCAACACAUUGUUGGAUAUCGACACAAUUAUGAGGCGUUCCUUGGAACCUGAGGCUUUGAGGCCAUGAAGUUCACUUGGGUAUGUUUCAAUUUAUUCAAUAUAGUGUAGUGUAGACCCUAGAUCCAUUGAGUACAUUUUUAAGCGUUAGCUAAGUUUGCAAUGAGUUACUAUUGUCUGGUUGAGCAGUGUCGAAUUACUUUGGCGAACCAAUGCUUGCCCUAUUCUGUAACAAGGACGACUAUAUCAUGAAGUAAUUAAUACUUUUUUACUUAAUUUUAUCA